AUGCAGUGCCGAGAUGUCAUCUAAUUCUAAAACAUUCCUUACGGUAUUACCAAGGAGAUCGAAUAAAGAGAAGCCUACUGGGAACAAAAAUAGUUAUAAUUUUUGGAGGAAUUUGAAGAUUACGACAAGUUUUUCAAUAAAUGCUUUGUUAUUGAGAGCAUUGAUGCCUAAUGCAAUCAAAAUUUACUGCUUGAUGGUUCUACUUCACCAAUCUAGUUCAAGCAAAAACUCAUUGAUGUAUUUAGAAAUAACAAUAGUACACCGGAAGAUUCUAACUGCUCGAACGGUAGGAAAUUUAGUGUAACAAGCUUUCUCUUGGAUUGCUCUUCAUCUAGUGACAAUGAUUUCACAAAAUAAACUGAAUAGAAGGAACCUUUGUUUGAAAUCGCAGUGUAUAGUAAUUUGACUAAGCACGAUUCUCAAGAGCUUCCCCUAAUUUCAUAAAUUGAGGAAAAAAGUAUUAUUAAAACUAAAACAAUUGGGAAAAAGAGAAAGUGCAAAAAUCAUCUAAAAUAUUAAAAACCUUGCUCUAAAAUGCUCAAAUCAAAGGAAUAGAUUUAGUAUCUUGAAUCUUAGUUUGUAUGCAAUUAACGUUGGACUAGAUAGAAAAUACGUUAGAUGUCUAAGGAAAUUAGUCUUUCAUUCUACUAGAUAUAUAAAUGGAAUUGGGAUCGCCGCAUCAUCAUGGAAAAAUUCUAAGAACAAAGCAAUCACUUUCUAUGCAAUAACCAAAAAAUAUUUUAGAUUGAGAAAUGUAGUAGAAAAUAAAUCAGCAAAUAAUAAUAAGUGUCACACUGA